AUGACGACUUCCACCAGCACUUCCAGCACUUCGUCCGCGGCCGUUUCCCUCGCGGCAGCCCCAACAAGCGACUGCGUCAAUGGCGAACAGUACCAAGCCGACGAAUACUGCGGCUGCACCUACACCACGCUUUGCAGCACCCACCCGACGUACCCGGACGACACCUUGCUCCUGGGCAUUUACGGGCUGGCCCUCGUCACCGACAACCGCGUCGAGUACUGCGCGGACAAGUGCGACGUCGACUCGCUCUGCGUGAGCGCCUUCGUCAACGUCGAGGAGCAGCUCUGCUAUCUGUACAACGAGCUUCCGACCGGCGGGGUCGACGAUGCAAACUACGACUCGGUCCAGAGGGUGAACAACGGGGCCGAUUCGUGCGUCAACGACACCAACGGCAUCUGUCUGGCCAACAUACCUGUUUAAUUGGAGAUGGUAAAAGCUCGGCUGAAUGGUGGGAAAGGAAGGGAAAAUAUGUUGGUUCUCUUCACUGGACUACGUUCCAUUUAUUGGGGGUCCAAGACAAGUUGGUUUGGAG